AUGACUGCGUCUAAGAACGUGUACGACGUCAUCGUCGUUGGUGCUGGCCUUAGUGGUCUCCAAGCAGCCCAAGUAAUCCAGGCUGCGGGGUUCACCGUUUGUGUCCUCGAGGCCACCAAUCGUGUCGGUGGUAAGACAUCGACGGUCAAAUCCUCCGAGAAGGGAUACAAUGAUCUCGGUGCAGCGUGGAUCAACGACACGAAUCAAAGCGAGAUGUUCAAGCUCUUCCAAAAGUACGACUUGGAUACCGAGGUUCAACUUGCUUCUGGAGACACGAUUGUCCAACUUGCUGAUGGUUCUCUGGAUAAGGUGCCCUAUGGACAAGUCUCAGUCAGAAUCCUGAGAAACGAAUCCUCGGUUGUAGAUCUGGAUGACCCCCUCAAAUCGCACAACGCCGUUGAAAUCGACCAAUUGACGUUUAAAGACCUUUGUGUUCAGAGAACACAUAAUGAGCAGGCGAUCAGAAUCGCUGAUCUGAUUUCCACCGCAUUGCUCGGGGUCGACAGUGAUGAAGUUAGUGCUCUGUAUAUGCUGCAUUAUUUCAAGAGUGGUUGCGGAAUCGACAAUCUUUUGUCUGACGGAAAAGAUGGUGGUCAAUACUUGAGGAAUCGACAGGGUAACCAAACAAUCUCGAAGAAGCUAGCAGAAGAGCUUGGAUCAAGAUCCGUCUUCCUAUCAAAUCCGGUUGCCUCAGUUGAUCAAUUAGGGGGCGGCCACGGUGUUGUCGUCGCGACUCAGUCUGGGGAGUCUUUUUACGGUCGGAAGGCCAUCAUCUCGGUUCCUACCACACUUUACCCUUCCAUCACCUUCAACCCUCCAUUGCCUCCGAAGAAAACAGCCCUAAGCGACAAUACUGUCAUGGGAUACUAUAGCAAGACUGUGUUUGUCUUCAAAGAGCCUUGGUGGCGAACUUCCGGCCUAUCAGGCAUCUUUGAUUCGGAAAUCGGGCCGAUCAGUUUCACAAGGGAUACCAGUAUACCGGCAGAUGAUCAAUGGUCUAUCACCUGCUUUAUAGUCGGAGAAAGAGGCAGACAAUGGUCGAAAUUGUCCAAAGCUGCUCGUCACAAGCAAGCCUGGGAGCAAUUCAGCCAAACUUUUGGCAAGUAUGUGAAGGACAUUCCUGAGCCGACAAAUUCGCUGGAAAUGGAGUGGGCUAAGCAGGGAUAUUUCUUGGGAGCACCUUGCCCGGUCAUGACGCCAGGAAUUUUGACGACCGUGGGUACUGAGCUUGCAACGCCCUUUGGAGAUGUUCACUUUGUGGGAACCGAGACGGCAACUGUGUGGCGAGGAUAUAUGGAAGGUGCCGUACGGUCUGGACAGCGAGGAGGCGCCGAAGUUGUCAAAGAACUCGUGGAUGAGCUCUCGACUAGGUAA